AUGGCCACCCAGCUCUUGCUUCACCGCACGCUAAGCUCCAUGCACCUCUCCUCCACCGAUCAGCGUCGCGAUGCGUGCAGGCAUGACGAGCCCUGCGCUGUGGUCGCCGCGAGUCCCGCAUCCGCACCGAGCAGCACGGCGACGAUAGUUGAGCGCGGCGUGGUCUGCGAAGUGCCGCUGGACGCGCAGCGCGUCGCCGCGAGCUCACCGUGGUCGUACGGCGCGAUGGACGGCGACGACUGCUGGCGGCCUCCGCCGGGCGCGCGGCUGUCCGACGCGACGAGCGCCGACUUCCUCAAGCGCUGCGCCUUCUGCCGGCGGAGCCUGGAGCGCGCGGACGCCUUCAUGUACCGGGGCGACAAGGCGUUCUGCUGCCUGGAGUGUCGGCAGCACCACAUGAUUGUGCACACCCGCAAGGCAUGGCUGCACCUCACCGGCCGGCGCUUCUCCAUGGUGCCUCUAACUGGGUAG